AUGGCACCCGUCGCAGUCGCCCCCACUACCACCACUGAAUCCGUUACCACCCUCAAGACAUCUGUUGUCUCUCCACAAGCUAAUACUCUCCACGACGUCAUCGCUCAAGCUGCUGGCCGGUAUCCCUUACACGAGCUUGGUUUCAUAACCUCCUCGGCACAUGACUCCUCCAUACAGACGAAGACUUUCACCGCAUUCAAUCAAUAUGUUCGCAACCUUGCACGUGCGAUGCUCGAGUGGGGAAAGCCCACAGGGUCAGUUGUUGUAGUGUACCUGACCGAGCACGAAGACAACAUGGCUGCAGUCUGGGCAUGCCUGUUGGCUGGCGCACAGCAGGCGCACAAGGAGGGUCACGUGGCCCAUAUCAAGAACUUGUUCGGAUCAGCUAUUUGGCUCACCAGUGAGCUUGGUGCUGAACAGAUCAGCUCGAUCUCUGGUCUGGAGGUUCACCUGCUCUCCGAAUUAAAAUCGUCUGCAGAGAGCUUUACCGUACCAGCCGACUGGGUUGCAUAUGAGGCCAAGCCGGAUGACGAGGCCAUUCUAUUCCUGACCUCAGGGUCAACUGGAUUCUCAAAGGCGGUCGUGCACACGCACCGUACCAUCCUUGCUGCUUGCCAUGCCAAGGGCCAAAGCUACGGCCUGACUUCCGAGUCUCAAGUGUUGAACUGGGUAGGAUUUGAUCACGUCGCAGGAUCAUUGGAGAUGCACAUCACACCCCUGCUAUAUGGUGCUUCGCAACUCCACGUGCAUGCAUCUGCCAUUCUGGCCGAUCCUCUUCGGCUGCUCCGUCUGAUCGAUGAAAAGUCCAUAGAACUAGCGUUCGCGCCCAACUUCUUGCUUUCUAAGCUGACUCGUGAUCUCGAGAAACGCACGGACCUAUACGGAUGCUUCGACCUGUCCUCAAUCAAGCGUAUCAACAGCGGAGGUGAAGCUGUGGUUUCCAAGACCGCGCAAGCCUUUGCUGCUACGAUGAAAAAGCUUAGCAAGAACCCCUCUGCGGUGUCGUUCGUCAUCUCUGCUGGAUUUGGAAUGACUGAAACUUGUGCCGGAUGCAUUUAUGACCCUGUCGAUGUCCUCGCAACCGAGCCUGCUCACGAGUUCCUUGAUCUCGGACGUCCCAUCAACGGAUGCGAGAUGCGCAUCGUUGAUCCCGCUGAUGGUGCUACCCUGCGCCCCGACGGUGAGAGUGGCGAGCUUCAGGUCCGCGGACCGAUGGUCUUCGUGCGCUACUACAACAACGCCGAGGCCACGUCGUCUAGCUUUGUCGAGGGCGGCUGGUACCGCACCGGUGAUGUAGGCAUCGUCGAGAACGGCGUCAUGCGCCUCAGCGGUCGUAUCAAGGACACCGUCAUCGUCCAUGGUGUCUCAUAUGGUAUCCCUGAGCUCGAGACACACCUCCAGACCGUUGAAGGCGUCACGCACUCGUUCCUCGCUGCUGCUCCUUACCGCGCUCCUGGACAGGAGACUGAAGGAUUCAUCAUUUUCUACUCGCCAACUUUCGAUCUCGACGGACCAGAUGCCUCAACGAAACUGUUUGCCACGCACCGCGCCUUACGGGAUAUCUCUGUGAAAAUGAUCACUCUGCCUCCCCAGAUCGUCAUUCCUAUCCCCGUCAACCAGAUGGAGAAGACCACUCUCGGAAAGCUGUCUCGGGCGCGUCUCAUCAGCCUCUUCAAGCAAGGAGGUCUUGCGAAGCACAUCGCCCGCGCUGAGGAGCUUCUCAGCGAGGCACGCGGCGUUUCGUUCGUCACGCCAUCCACCGAGUCGGAGAAGGCGCUUGCCAAGAUAUAUGCAGGCAUCUUCAAUCUCCCGGAAAGCGAGGUCUCAGCGAGCGACAACUUUUUCGAACUCGGCGGCACUUCUAUUGAUGUCAUCAGGCUCAAGCGCGAGGGAGAGGAACACUUUGGGCUGCCUGAAAUCCCAACCAUUCAAAUCCUCAAGCACCCCGUCGUCUCGAGCCUGGCCAACUACGUCAACGCGCUGCUGUCCAAGGACAGCCAGACUGAGGAGUACGACCCCAUCGUUCCCCUUCAGCUGACCGGAAGCAAGACGCCGAUCUUCUUCGUGCACCCCGGUGUCGGAGAAGUUCUCAUCUUCGUCAACCUCGCCAAGUACUUCCAGAAUGAGCGUCCGUUCUACGCUCUCCGUGCUCGUGGCUUCGAGCCCGGCCACCCCUUCUUCACAUCCAUGGACGAGAUGGUUUCCUGCUAUGCUGCAGCAGUCAAGAGGACGCAGGAGACGGGACCAUACGCCAUCGCCGGGUACAGUUACGGCGGUGUCGUCGCGUUUGAAGUCGCCAAGCGGCUCGAGGCCAUGGGCGACGAAGUCAAGUUCGUCGGUCUCAUCAACAUUCCUCCUCAUAUCGCCGACCGCAUGCACGAGAUCGACUGGACGGGCGGCAUGCUCAACUUGUCGUACUUCCUCGGUCUCGUGUCGAAGCAUGACGCGAACGAUCUGACUCCUGCUCUGAGACCGAUGACGAGGAAGGAGCAGCUCGAUGUGGUGUGGAAGCUGUCGCCUCCUGACCGUCUCGUCGAGCUCCAGCUGACGCCCGAGAAGCUUGACCACUGGGUGGACAUCGCCGGGUCUCUGAUUGAGUGCGGGAAGGACUACAACCCAUCGGGCUCAGUUUCUGCAGUUGAUGUUUUCUACGCCAUUCCUCUUAAGGGAAGCAAGUCUGACUGGUUGAACAACCAGCUUAAGCCAUGGUCUGGCUUCAGCCGGGGCGAGCCGUCAUAUACUGACGUUCCUGGGCAACACUACACGCUCAUGGACUUCGACCACGUCCCGCAGUUCCAGAAGAUCUUCCGUGGUCGUCUUGAGGCUCGUGGGCUGUAAAAUAUUGGAGGGGUUGUAAUCGUGUCUGUCUUGUGCCGAUGACUUUCAAGCAUCUAUCAAUUAUACUCGGAGUGAUAUGUUUCCUACUUAAUGCAGUGUUAGAAUAAUUGCGUCGUCAUGUAGAUUAUAGUUGUCUUCUGACAAAAGUACAUAAUGGAUUUUUUAGUCUUAACUUUUUAACAAUGUCUAUAUGGUACUUGUGAUUUUUGCCAACGGUUUUGAAUUAUGAACACGAGCAUUACGUUUGAUCGAUGAUCCCUCACGGUCAGUGCUCUAGCAUGUCC